AUGAAAGCCUCCACUAUUGUGUAUUGGGCACUUCUUGGGUUGGGCUCUGCGGAGAACGCUGUUGUCUCCAUGUUUCUCCCGGAGAUUGAUCCGCAGUGGUUGGCGGCUUCUAUUGUGGAUGGAAAUGCUGCUGCGACCACUUAUUCAUUAUGUGGGCAUGGGACUGACGGAUUCGGUUGUGGAGGGGGGGUAGAUCUCACGGCCGUUCAAGGCCCCAAGACAGCGGGCUGGUUCUUCAGUUUAUCACAGUCAGAUGUUUUUGUCUCACAUGGGUGUUCUGUUGGGGGCACCACUACGGCAACCUGUAUUCACAAGGUAAGCGGAACUGGUGCCGUUUCCCCAGGCGUCAAAACAGACAUGUACGCCCAGACCGAAAUGGAAUACUAUCCUGUUACUAUCACUGCUGGUUCGGUUUCUUCAGUGGCUGCCACUGCGGCUUUGACUAGCUCUUCUAGCUUGUCUGAUCACUCAGUUGCUACCUCUGUGGCAGGAAGGACUUCAAAGGAAUCUAGUUCUCCUGCCAUCGACACGGCCACGGCCACGGCCACACCGACUAGCGCUGGCAGUAUGCUCGUGGUCACCAGAUAUGCCAGGAUUACUGUCUGUGGUGCUUUCGUUUCUCUACUCAUGGCUGCUGUCUAA